CCAGUCUUUCUCCUUGCCAGUUGGGCCCCUAGAAGAAGAAGAAAAAAAAAGGACAAGAGCUAAGAGUCGCAAUAGCCAUCCUGAUCUUUGCAAAGACGACAGCAACAAAAUUUAUACAAAUCCUCCCCCCUUGAGACUUGCGAUACCAUUAUCUGUCUCUUCUCAGUUGUAUUCCUCUCUCCCUCUCUCUCUCUCUCUCUAUUUUACCUUCUCUCCAGUAUUACCCCUCCCCUCACUGUAUCAUCACCUGGAGAGCAUAUCGCUGUCUCGUCCAGAGAUCUCGUGACAUCCAUAAAUAUUACAGCUUCAUAUCCCCGGAUUCUAUCCCACCAUGGCUUCGUCUGUGUUCUUCAAGUUCAAGUCCCAGAAGGAGCCAUCGCGUGUGGAAUUCGAUGGCACCGGCAUCUCGGUAUUUGAGCUCAAGCGUGAUAUCAUCGUAAAGAGUGGCCUCGGCGACGGUACCGACUUCGACCUCGCCAUCUACUCUCAGGAUGGAACCGAAGAGUACGACGAUGACACUACCAUCAUCCCCCGAGCUACUACCGUGGUAGCGCGUAGGCUUCCCUCCCAGAAACCGGGCGCUGGCCGUGCUGCGCGAUAUGUCUCCGGCAAGAUGCCCGCGAGCGCCAAGAACUCGUCGCGCAGAGAAAACACCGCAAAGGCGCCGAAGCCCACGUCGACCGCCCUCUCCCAGAUGAAUGCCGCGAUGACAGAAGAGGAGAAGAUGAUGGCCAUGUUCCAAGCCCAGUCGGACCAGUGGGACCUUCAACAGGAAGAGAUGUCACAUCAAACGGCAGUGUACAAGCCGGGCGCGAAGAAGCCGGCCAACGUUCCUGAUCACGACCCUCCGAAUGGUUACAUCUGCUACCGAUGCGGACAAAAGGGCCAUUGGAUCCAAGUAUGUCCUACCAACGAUAACCCCGAAUUCGACAAUCGCCCUCGCGUAAAGCGAACGACGGGCAUUCCCCGCUCUUUCCUGAAAACCGUGGAUAAGGCGACACUCCAGCAGACUGGUACAGACGGUGAGGAAGUGAAGCCUCCGGCUGGCGUCAUGGUCAAUGCGGACGGGGAUUUUGUGAUUGCGGAGCCGGACAAGGCCUCUUGGGAGCAGUUCCGGGCCAAGACCCAGUCAUCGGCCGCUGCCCAGAAAGCAGCCUCUGCCGAGGAUAAAGAGCUUGAAGACAAGGGCUUGAUGUGCUCCAUCGACAAGAGGAUGUUCAUAGACCCAAUGAAGACACCGUGUUGUGAGAAGACGUAUUGCAAUGAUUGCAUCACCAAUGCUCUCAUUGAGAGCGACUUCAUCUGUCCAGCCUGCCAGGCCGACGGUGUUCUUAUCGAUGACCUCAAACCCGAUGAUGAAGCAUCUACUAAAAUUCAGGAUUACCUCAAAGAGAGAGAGGCGCCUAGGGCCAAGGAGCGAUCUAAGAGCCCUCCUGCAGCCAAAUCUCCUCAGGCGUCCGUUCCGAAGGAGACUACCAAAGCUGAUCCGCCAAACGGACAGGUAGUAGCGCCCUCCGAGAAGUCCAAAUCGCCAACCUCAGCACCACCAACAAACAAGUCCCCCCCCGUCGAGGCGGCGAAGAAAUCGUCUACCCCCAUCGCUUCACCGGCCCCCAACGAAGCCUCCAAGCCGCAAGAGGCAGCUUCCAAGAAGCGGCCGGCCGAGGAUUUGCUGGAGAAUCCCAAGAUCCCGAAAGCACCCAAGGCCAUGCAACGAGCGCAGGAGGCCAAGGAGGUGCAGAACAUGAUACCCCCAGGCAUGAACGGCAUGUCAGGCAUGAUGCCCAACAUGAUGCAGUUCCCUAUGAACAACAUGGGCAACUUCGCCCCGCCCAUGAAUAUGGCGAUGAUGAUGGGGAUGAAUCCCUUGAUGAACCCGAUGAUGAGUAUGAAUGGAAUGUUUAACCCUCCGGCCUUCCAAGGCAUGAACGGGAAUGGUAUGUUUGGUGGGGGCAAUUUUGGCGGUAUGAACGGCGCUGGAAUGGGCAAUAUGAAUGGCACCGCUGGGAUGAAUGGAGGAUUCAGUAACCAGAAUCAACAGCAACCACCUCGACCUAAUUUCACAACACCUAAUAGUGAUAAUGAUGCCUAUUUUCGCAAGCCUGUAAACCCAGGUCGUCACCAGAAUCGACAACGAAGGGUUCGGCCUAGCGAUUAUAGGGAGUUGUGAAGCUGAGCAGAGCCGGCUUUCUCGUUUCCGCGGACGCGAACACUCACUCACCAGUUGCGUGUU